ACCGUUCCGCUCGUUCCAUUUAAUCCGCCAACUUCUCCGUCCGUGGUCACUCGGCGCCUUCAGAUCGACAGGGUCCCCUUCUUCACUUCGCUUCGAUUGUCGUUCCGCCAUUUUCGCGUCUCGAGAAGCUCCGUCGUUGCAGCCUUGCUGUUUCUCCACGGCAAAGAUGAAAGGCAAGAAGAAUAAGUACUCAGGCCCAUCUUUGAGGAAGGCAACUGGAAAGAUAGGGAAGGGCACUUUCAAGACACAUUCCAAGAUGAUAGUGACUUCUGCACCUGGUGGUGGUCCUCCUCCUAAUACCAUUGGUGUUUUGGAGGUUCGUCCAGCAAUGGCCAGUGUCAUAGCGUUGGAGGGUGGUCCUACCGUUGAACCAACCCCAUCUCUGACACAUGAGGAGAAGAAAGUGGAAAAGGAUAGUGAGUGGGAUGCGGGGUUUAUAUUUAUGUGUAGUGGGAAAACGAAGCCGGAAUGUUAUCGAUAUCGUGUUUUUGGGCUGCCUAUGGGAAAAUUGGAAGUAGUGAAGAAAGUCAAGCCUGGUGCAAAACUAUUCUUGUUUGAUUUUGACUUAAAACUUCUCUAUGGAGUAUACGAGGCGACAUCCGAGGGAGACUUGGACAUAGAGCCCAUGGCAUUUGACCGGAAAUUUCGUUCCCAGGUGAGGUUUAGGAUCUUCAAAGAGUGUUUACCUAUUCCUGAGAGUGUUUUCAAGAAAGCAAUUGAGGAUAAUUAUGUGAGCCGUUCUAAGUUUCGACAGGAGCUCAACAGAAAGCAGGUGAGGUCUCUAGUAUCAUUGUUUAGACCAUUAGAUGUGAUACAACCUUCUUCUGUUGCCUUCCCCUAUGAUACGAUGCGGUGUGCUCGACCAGCUUAUGCUCUGGAGAAACAUUUGGAGCCAAUGUCAGGGUUUCCUCCUCGAGGAGACUUGUAUCUACCUUGGAGGCAGCACCCCAGUUCCCUGGCCAUUCCUAGGCAGCAAUAUGAAGGCCCCAUCCUACAAGUGCAGUAUGAGCAAUAUGGAUCGGAAACUCAUAUGGGACAGAUAGAACCGGUUAUGGAGUCUCAUUACUAUGUUCGGCAAGUUGCUCUACCUCCUGAAGGAGGCUCACAAAUUUCUGCAGAAGUUCAUGAGCCAUACUUCCCUGAAGAACCACUAUAUUCUGUGCAUGAUCCAUAUAGAAGAAUAGUUACUGCUGUUAUUACUUUUGUGUAUACUGCCUUAUGGCCCAACAGUAGGACUCGGUCUAAAUAAGAGGUAUCCAGGGGAUGACGUGAGAGGUAAUCCAAUUUUUUAAUGCAGUUUCUGCAUUACCAAGAAAGCUAUUUAUUAAAAAAAAAGAAAAGAAAAGAAUAAACAUUGAUACCUAGGUACACGCAGCAAUUUGGUAAUUACUAAACCUUUCCUUUUAUGUAAGUUCCUUCUUUCCGUUUGUAUUUUGCUUUUAAUAACUUUUUGCACAGUGGAAACUCAGAUUUAGUUCAUUGAAGAACCUGUUCAUGGAAGAGACAAACUAUCAAAGAGGGAAGUACCUAGGAUAAGUGUUUGGCGAUGAACUUUCGUUACAUCUUAUGUUUAUUUUGAAGCUUCUGGAUUCUGAUAGUAUUGUCAUUUUUCUUUAGCUUCGUCAUACCGUCGCAGCCAUCUUCUUAUGCAUACAAGGAUUGGCAAUUAUCCUACCAACCACAUUAUAAUAUGGCUCAUGAUGGCCCUGCCCAAGCAGUUACUGUUCUUCCUGAAAGAUUAAUACGUGAAACCGUU